UUCUACCAGGUGGAUGAUCAGGCCUUAUCUAUUGCCACUUCCGAAAUUGUAAGCCACACGGUGAUGCGGAUGUUCAGAGUGAACUAUUACUGCAACUGUUUUAAUGCAACUGAGUUCAAGAUAGACAAGCUAUUAAUCACCUUACUCAUCUUUUUUACCAGAGUUCGGAAGAAGGCAGUGGAACGGCGUAAGGAAUUAAUGAUUGACAGAGCAUGCAGGAUGGAGACGUUCAUGUAUGAAAUGGAAUCUCGUGGUGUAGGAAGGAGGCCAGAGGAUCCUUCAGACAUGGUUGAUGAGGGGGAACUGGUGUUAACCAUGAAUUUGGUAUAUCCAAUGAUUUUCCAAAAGCAUAAAGAAUACAAACCGUAUGAGACCAUAUUAGUGCUUGGCAGCCAGAGACUUACAGAACUGAGAGAUGCUCUUAAGUGUGUCAGUGACUUGCAAAUUGGAGGGGAGUUUAGCAACAAUCCAGAUUUGGCUCCUGAAAACAUUUGCAAGGAUCUUUUCAAAUCCGCAUUCUUUUAUUUUGAAGGUAUAUUUUACAAUGAUAUGAGGUAUCCAGAGUGCAGAGAGCUAAGCAGAACUAUAAUUGAAUGGGCUGAAUCUCGUGAGCGAGGCUACGGUAAAUUUCAGGUAGCUAAGAUGGAGGACUAUACUUUUAAUGACCUCAACAUAAAAAUUGGUUUCCCUUAUCUGUACUGCCAUCAAGGAGAUUGCGAGCAUAUUGUAACCAUUACUGAUAUAAGGUUAAUACACCGCGAUGACUGCCUAGAUAGGAAUUUGUAUCCAUUACAUACUAGAAGGCAUUGGUUUUAUUCAAGAAAGUGUUACGUGUGUAGAUUGUAUAUUGCAAAGUGGGUGACAAGAAAUGACAGCUUUGCACCAGAUGAUCCAUGUUUCUUCUGUGAUGUUUGUUUUAAGAUGCUUCACUAUGACAGUGAGGGCAAUAGACUUGGAGACUUUGUUGCAUAUGCAUAUGUUGACCCUGGAACAUUUAAUUAAAGAUCGAACAUUGCCGCAAGAAACUGCACACCAAACGUUGCAUAACUAAAGGGCAAGGACAGGAAAUGAACUUUAUAAUUCUUCGGACUGUAAUUAAUGAAGCGGAGACUUCCUGUAGAACAUUUCUUUUUUCUAGAUAAACCGCAUGCACAUGCUACUGUGACACACAAUACCAAGCAGAUUUGGCGUUCUGCUGUAAUAGUGCUGAAUAAAUGGAGCUUCCUA